CAACCAUUCAUUCGCUAGAGCUCGUCGCGCAUACUGACAGGUAGAGCCGUUAUCUCUCAGACAGUUGAAUUCCCCCCUCUUCCCCUCCCAGCAUGGCUGCAGACUCGAUGGAGAUUGACGACUCUCUUUACAGCCGCCAGCGUUAUGUGCUGGGAGACAGUGCUAUGCAUCAGAUGGCCCAGUCCUCAGUCUUCCUCAGUGGAAUGGGAGGACUGGGAAUCGAGAUUGCAAAGAAUAUUGUCCUGGCUGGUGUGAAGGCAGUCACCCUUCAUGACACAAAACAGUGUGAAACCUGGGAUCUGGGCUCCAACUUCUUUAUCCACAAAGAGGAUGUGUUGAGCCAAAGAAGAAGGGUGGAGGCAGUGUGCCCUCGAGUCGCAGAGUUGAACCCUUAUGUCCAUGUUGACAUGUCUUACUCUGCUCUGGACAAUAACACUGAUCUCAGCUUUCUUGCAAAGUAUCAGUGUGUGAUUCUGACUGAAGCCAGAUUGAGUUUACAGAAGAGAGUGAAUGAGUUCUGCCACUCACAGCGACCCCCCAUCAGAUUCAUUGGCUGCGAUGCAUACGGCAUCUGUGUGCGGGUGUUUUGUGAUUUUGGAGAUGAGUUUGAGGUGUCAGAUCCCACAGGGGAGGAGCCCAAGGAGAUUUUCAUCCAAAGUAUCACUCAGGACAAUCCUGGGCUGGUAACCUGCAUGGACAACCAACCCCAUGGCUUACAGACAGGCCAGUGUGUUGUCUUCAGAGAGGUCAAUGGCAUGGAGGAAAUCAAUGGCACUGCACGGCAGGUUUCAGUCCUUUCCCCUUACAGCUUUGCAAUAGGAGACACAUCCCAACUACAACCAUAUGCACAUGGAGGUUUCUUUGUUCUGGUGAAAACUCCCAAGACCUACAGAUUUGAGACAAUAGAGAGACAGUUGUGUGAUCCUCAGGUCCUGAUUCCAGACUUCAGCAAACCAGAGGCCCCGCUACAGAUCCAUGCAGCCAUGUUGGCUCUGGACAUCUUCCAGGAGCAGCACAGUAGACUUCCCAACAUCGGGUGUUUACAGGAUGCUGAGGUUUUACUGAAGCUAACUGAGGAAGUGAAUGCAACCCUCAGGAACAAAGCUUCUGUGAAUACUGAGUUAGUGCGCUGUCUGUCGAGAACAGCGAGGGGAACUCUUCCUCCGUUAGCAGCAGCUGUAGGAGGUCUGGCCAGCCAGGAAGUUCUCAAGGCCAUCACAGGGAAGUUUGCACCACUGCAGCAAUGGUUUUAUCUGGAUGCCAUCGAAGUAGUCAGGCCACUUCAAUCUGUUUCUGCUGAAGAGUUUUUCCCGAGGGGUGAUCGGUAUGAUGGAUUACGAGCAUGCAUUGGUGAAUCAAUGUGUCUAGAACUGCACAAGCUUAAGGUCUUCAUGGUGGGCUGUGGUGCCAUUGGCUGUGAAAUGCUGAAAAACUUUGCCCUGCUUGGAGUGGGAUUGACCAAGAGCUCAGGAGAGGUAUGCAUCACAGACCCAGACCUAAUAGAAAAGUCCAACCUCAAUCGGCAGUUUCUCUUCAGACCACAUCAUAUACAGAAACCGAAGAGUACCACAGCAGCAGAAGCCACUCGCGAAAUCAACCCAGACCUGCAGGUGGAUGCUCAACUCAACAAGGUGUGUCCAGCUACUGAGAGCAUCUACAAUGACUCCUUCUACUCCCGCCUGAACCUAGUGGUCACUGCGCUGGACAACGUGGAGGCCCGGAGAUAUGUAGAUAGCCGCUGUGUAUCCAAUCAGAAACCUCUCCUGGACUCUGGCACCAUGGGAACUAAAGGACACACAGAAAUCAUUGUGCCAAAUUUGACAGAGUCCUACAAUAGCCAUAGGGACCCCCCAGAAGAGGAGAUCCCAUUCUGCACUCUCAAGUCUUUCCCCUCUGUCAUAGAGCACACCAUUCAGUGGGCCAGAGACAAGUUUGAGAAUUCGUUUGUCCACAAGCCCUCCAUGUACAACUCCUUCUGGCAGACCCACUCCUCAGCUGAAGCCGUGCUUCAGAAAAUGCAGGUGGGGGAAAGUCUUGAGGGGGCAUUCCAGGUCAUUAAGCUGCUUAGCAAACGGCCUAGCACAUGGGAACAUUGCAUCAGUAUUGCCCGUUUGAAAUUCGAAAAGUAUUUCAAGAGAAAGGCCCUACAACUGUUGCACUCUUUCCCCCUGGACACAAGGUUAAAAGAUGGAAGUUUGUUUUGGCAGUCCCCAAAAAGACCUCCAGCACCUUUUGAGUUUGACUUGAAAGACUCUUUGCACAUCACUUUCAUUGUCAGCACUGCACGGCUCUUUGCAGGAAUUUAUAACAUCCCUUACUCAGAAAAGGAUCUCUCUGAAGAGACCAUAAUCAGGGUUCUGUCAGAUGUCAAAAUUCCUGAGUACAGGCCCUCAGAGAAAUGUAUAGAGACAGAUGAGACGGCAAAGAAGCCUGAUCACAUGAAGAUGCCUCUAAGCAGUGAAGAGGAGAGGGAGGCCAUCAUACAGCUGGAGCAGGCCAUUGCUACUGGCAAUGUCACAGCAGAGAGGUUACAGAUGAGUCCACUGCAGUUUGAAAAGGACGAUGAUGGCAACGGACACAUGGACUUUGUCACAUCAGCAUCUGCCCUCAGAGCCAAGAUGUACUCCAUCGAGCCCGCUGACAGACUCAAGACCAAACGAAUUGCUGGCAAGAUCAUUCCUGCUAUUGCCACGGCAACAGCUGCUGUGGCUGGACUGGUGGCCCUUGAGUUGGUGAAGGUGGUUGGAGGCUACGAAUUUGAAUCUUUCAGAAACUGCUUCUUUAACCUGGCCAUUCCUGUAGUGGUGCUCACUGAGCCUGCUGCUGUUAAACAGUCACACAUCAGGGACAACAUCUACUUCUCCAUCUGGGACUGUUGGACCAUCUUUGGCCACGAGGACUUCACUCUCUCUGACUUCAUGAAUGCAGUGAGGGAAAAGUACGGAAUUGAACCGACGAUGGUCGUCUAUGGUGUGAAGAUGCUGUAUGUGCCUGUGAUGCCUGGACACUCAAAGAGACUCAAGCUAACGAUGCAAAAGCUGAUCAAACCAUCAGCAGACCGCCGCUACGUUGACCUCACCGUGUCAUUCGCUCCAGAGGCAGACGGAGACGAUGACCUCCCCGGUCCUCCUGUAAGGUACUUCUUCAGCCGCAAUGGAGAGACACCUUGACACCUUCCUAGAUGUCGUCCUCAAACCUCUUGUGUCCUUACUUCCCUUCUUUCAUGUAAAUUGUUUCACCCCAAUUACCUGGGCCUGGGCCAAGAUCUUUCCCUUCAGGAUGUUAUGUGACGAGGGCAAAGCUCCUGGCCCCAACACCAGCCCCCCAUGUACGUAACACAGCAAGAAAAGACCAGUGGUGGUCCCAGUUUUUCUUGCCUGAGAUCUAGCCAACACAAGGCUGCUUGAGUAGCACUUGACUGUACCUGUGUACAUAUAUUUUCUCUGUUCUGUUUUCUACUCUGGUGAAAUGCACAGCUCUGCCUGUGUCAAUGCCUUAAUUGAUUAAUAAUCUGUUUCUGUUUGUGGCAGUGAGUCUGACUAAAACUAUGUUUACAGAAAACUACAUAUGCCCAAAACAACCCCAUAAGUCUCAUUUGUGUUUUAAGUCUGCUUAACUCUAAAGGGGGUGGUGGUAGGGCUGUUUCGGCAGUGAGGUGGAUUUGUAGUUGGUAGGCAUCACAUCCUCUUCCUCCUCAGUCCUCUCAUUGGCUUUUGAAAUUAUUGCCAACUACAGAAUUUGCCAGAAAUGGGUUAUCUCUCUCCCUAUAGAAACAAGCCAAUAUUUGUUGUAUAAUUUAGAGGUGCAAAAGGUCAGUGGUCAACAGCAAAAUCACCAAAGAUACUGAUUAUCAUUGUGUCUUCAGAUGAUUGUUCUCUUUUAUGAUUAAUAUGACUGCCUCAUAAAAACACAUUCAUAUCACUGGGGAUGGAUAUUACCCAAACAGAGCAACAUACAGCAGCUGCAGCUUGAUGUGCGUCAUCACAGGUUGCGAGAUAUGCCAUUGUCCUAUUGAUGAGCAUCAACACUUCAGACAAGCAAUUUAGUUACACAACUCCCCAGUAAAUUGGCCCUGGUCCGGCAAGCUGUUGGAGCUAGCAUGGAGCCCACACUGUCAAUCUACAAUCCCUGAAGAAAUAUCACAUUUUUGUAAAAACGAAAAAGUGACUACAAAAAGAAGAGAAACAAGAAGAGCCUACAAUAUGCAUUUGAAAGAUAUAUCCAGGAUGUCAAACUGACUCAGCAGUAAAACCAAGUUUGAAAGAUAAAGAUAGAAGCUAAAGCCUAAAUAUCACAUUGUAAAAGUAAACCGCCACAUCACCUGGCGAUCAAGACUGAAGCAAAUGAAAUUAAAGGGAAACUUUGCUGAUAUCACACCAGCCAUUUGUCACUGCAGUUUGUACAGACCCCUCUUUGGCGAUGUGCGGGUAGCUCUGGGGGAAGCCAGACACUGUUUAUCUGCACACACUGCGAUGACACACACUUGGUUGAAAAUUGGCAAAGUUUCCCUGCUUCCCUUCACUGGUUCCUGUACAGCAGGGUAGGUCAUUAUUCACUGUUAGAAAGCAAAAGCAGCAUGUGUAUAUGCCAUGUACAUUCACUAUACGUUCAGUAGCUAGCUAGCUAACCCAACCCUUUUUAGGGUUUGAUUUUGGCUUUGGAAUGGGGAGGAAACGUAUAUCUGCUUUCAAUCUCCCGGUAACCAAUAUCACUGUAACAUUUAACCUCGACUAGUUCACAAUCUACAAAACCAGCCAGAAAAUCUAAAAUGAUUGUAAAAGACUCAAUGUGUAUUUGUCGGACCCUGGUCGGAGCUGGCUGAUGCUAUGCCAUGAUUGGUCAGUCUGCGUUCAAGUGGUGGGACUUAGUGAAGGGUCAAUUAAGGUGCGUCAAAUAAUGCAGCAGAUGUGUGUUGCACUUAACUUUACGGGCAAAACCACCCAUGGAUUGUAGCUGUUUGUCUUGCCCAUCAUGUUAUAUACUUAGGCAAUGACAGCAUUGACAUCAGUUAACACAUUUGGGUAAAUGAUACCAUUAGAUUAAGUAAUGGCAUUAGUUCAAUGGCUGUUUUACACACAGAAAAGGCAUUUUGUUUUUGAUAGAUGUGAAACAUCUGUACCACCAUCUGGGAUCACACUCCUACUGUUUAAAGCACCUUUUUUCAAGAAACAAAAUCUGUGCUGUUCAUGAUUUCUUUGUUGCAUUUGGUUAUGGGUGUGUGUCCAUGACCUGUAUUUAUUUACUUGUUACUCAUUUUUGUCACUUUUUUGUGUCAAACUGAGCCUGUGUUGAUGAACUCUGUGGAGUCAUGGUGCACUGGUUAAUUGUGAAUCAACAAUGAACAAAAGUCAUACGAAAAGUGUUAAAGUACAUCAUCCUUCUGUUUAGCUGCAGUGGAAGGUUGUGAAAGGGAUCUUUGGAAUAGUCUGCAUUGGCUUUCAUUGGCAAUAAAGUCAAAGUUAUUUUGAAUGGAGUCAUUAUUAAGGAUGUACUGAAGUUACUGAGAUCGACCUGAAGAUGCAGCCCACUAACGGGUGUGUCAAUUAAGACUAGUCACACAAAAUUCUUCCUCAAAUACGUUUAUUUUUCUCCCCAUAACCAGAGGUGGUGAAUUUCGCUUUGCACAGAAAAUGUCAUUAUCAUAUUGACAACACUUCCUGUGCAGUGAAUGUCAUAAGUGUAAAACAAAACAGUGUUAACGUGUGACAAUGAUAAUGAUGUAUGUUCCUGUGACAGACAACUCAACCAAUGGUCCAAUAAAAUGUGAGAUUUCAGGAUGUCCUCAAGACUAAAGCU